UCUCUCUCUCUCUCUCUCUGUGUGUGUGUGUUUGUGUUUGAGUGACAGUUGACUCGCCCCGGCACACCUGUUCUGCAGGUACUCCGCGCAUUUACUACACAUUCACAACAUGGACGGCUCGAAACUGCGCUUCUAGCUCCCCAGAGCGGCGCUUUCUCGGACUUUGACUUUUCUCACUGGACUGGGGGUGUUUUAUCAGUCAUGGGUCGCUGUAAACCCCGGGUGAUUUCUCUGUGCUUCCUUCUCGUCUGCGGGUGCUGGCAGGCUGCUGCUGUAGAAAUGCAGGUUGCGUCGGAGGUGAAUGGGGUCGUGGGGGACGAUGCCACGCUGAGAUGCACGUUCACAUCCUCGUCUCCGGUGACGGCCCGCCUCUCCGUGGACUGGACCUACCAACCCCUGGACGGCCAGGCCUCUCACAGCUUCUUCUACUAUCAGUCCAAAGCCUUCCUCCAGACAGAGGGGCUCUUCAAGGGCAGGGUCUCGUGGCAGGGGGACGUCAAUCGAGGCGACGCCUCCAUCCAGCUGCGGAACCUGACCCUUAACGACAACGGAACCUUCACCUGCACUGUGCGGAACCCUCCUGACGUCCACGGCAACUUGGCCAAAACUGUGCUGACCGUCACGCCCAGAGGAAACCCCAUCAGGAUCACAGAGUUCAUCCUGCUGUCCGGACUGGUGCUCCUCCCCUCUAUUCUCAUCGUCUCGGUGCUGUUGGUCAGAAUGGGCUGCAGCAACGGCAUUCUGGGAAGGAGGAAGACCCACGUGUGUAAGAGGUCUCCCAUUGAGGCCUCAGACGGAGAGGAAGACGUUCACAAGAAGCCCAGUCUGAAGAGGAACAUCAUCAUGUGCUGUUAUAUGUGUUUUCAGGACCCAGAUUAUGAGGAAGCGCUGUAUUCCAUGCAGAGGCGGCAGUCUGAAAUAAACGCCGAGUCGCAAUGCUAGCGCCCCCUAGCGGGCGGGAAGAUUGUUUCCCGUUGAAUUGUAAACGACUGGAGCAGAAUUUGGCUGUGCUGAAAUAACGUGCGACUGCACAGGACCGAGUGGAGCGAUCCUGCCUGCUCCAGCGCGGAGGGGGAGGGCUCUGAACACAGAGGUCAGGCAACCACAGGCUGUCACAGCCCCUCCUCCACACCCCUCACCGGACUUUUACUUUCGUUCUUAUCAAGAGGUCACCAGAGAGAGGGACGAGAUUCGUUCACGCUCCUUACACCCAAAUCCUUUAUAUUGUUAUUAGAUUUUUUAAACUCGGAGGAAUUCCUUUAAGCCUGUUGAUGUAUAUAAGAUGUUAAUCGCUGUUUGUAUGUGUACAAUGUUCUUAUGAGUGUUAAACUGCACUGCAGAGAGAGGCCCUGUUGUGGGACGGGUGUGGAGUGCUGUGGAGCCCCCUGGCUUGGAUCCUAUACAGUCUCCUGGGGGCUAGUUAUUCUGGUCAUUACUCUACACAUUUCAGCACCAAACGUCAGGGGUCACCCACUGUCUCGCUGUCUAACUGAAGGAGUGUUUUUAAUAUUGUCUUUUAAAUGCAGAUGCUGUCUGUACAAGGGCACAUAAGAUCCAGAGUCUUCCUGUCUUCACCAAUGUCUUUGUCUGUUGUCCUGCUCUGUGGUUGUAUUAAAAUGAACGACACC